UUCCUUUGGGGACAAUGGGAAGAAUGUCUGUUAUAUAGGUGGUCAGUAGGAAAAAUGCAACCCUACAGUCUUGGUGAGAAUGCCACACUUGCAUCAAGUCAUUGGGGUCAAUGGGAAAAAAUGUCCCUUACGGUGGUCAGUGGGAAGAAUGUCCCUUAGAUUGGUGGUCGGUGGGAAGAAUGUGUCCCUUAGAUUGGUGGUCGGUGGGAAGAAUGUCCCUUACAUUGGUGAUCAGUGGGAAGAAUGUCCCUUACAUUGGGGGUCAGUGGGAAGAGUGUCCAUUACAUUGGGGGGUCAGUGGGAAGAAUGCCCCUUACGUUGGUGGUCAGUGGGAAGAAUGUCCCUUACAUUGGGGGUCAGUGGGAAGAAUGUCCCUUACAUUGGUGAUCAGUGGGAAGAAUGUCCCUUACAUUGGUGAUCAGUGGGAAGAAUGUCCCUUACGUUGG